GGAGACUGCUCCUGGGCUUAUCGGCUUCAUCGAGGAGAGGCAUUCUUGUGUGCCGCAUUCACUUCAGCAGCAGCGGCGGCGUACAGACGCGUCAUAACGAAGUUGAUCUACCUUUCGCAGCAUGUCUACUCCGGGACCAAGAAAUAAAACCAGCGGUGACGCUGUGGACACGUACGGCGUGGCGAGGUGUGUGCAACUGUAUGACGCAGCCUCUGCACCCGUUGCACCCGCCGUCGCUGCCUUGUUGGACUCGUUCGAACAGGCUUUCCUGAACAGCGCUGACCUCAGUGUCGGAAAGGCAGAGGACGAGGCCCCAACUAAGGAGGAAAGCCAGUUCCUGGACAUUGGUUGCGGCUCGGGAAGCUUCACAAGGAAGCAUCUGCUGCCACGCCUGCCGUCUUGGUGCAAGAGGCUCGUAGCGGUCGACAACUCGGAGGCUAUGCUGAAAUUUGCAGCAGAAAACCGCGGGUACCCUCGGAUUGAGUACCGCAAACUGGACAUCCUCGCGGACGAGGACGUAACAAGGUUCGUGCAGGUGGAAGGUCAUUUCCAGAGAGUCUACUCCUUCCUCGCCUUCCACUGGAUAGCGGAGCAUCGCCGUGCUCUGACGAAUGUCGAGACGCUCUUGGCGCCCGGCGGCGAAUGCUUCCUGAUCUUCUCUGACUGCUUGGUCGUGUUCGACGUCUUCACGGCUAUGAUGGAGUCGCCCAGGUGGGAGAAGUACUCUGACAUUCUCCUGCGCGUCCUUCCGGAAACUAGAAGUCUGGAAGACAUCGAUUCACUGCGCUUAUAUCUGGUCAAUCUCGUGCGAGCCACGAACUUGGCUCCGCUCGCUUGUGAAGUCUUCCGUGUGACUGGGGAACUAGGAUUGAGCAAAGAGAACGCACUAGAUUUCUACACUAUUCUGAACCCCGUUUACCAGCUGCUGAUUGAAGACGAAAAGGCGGAGCUGCGCAAGUUCACAGAAGAUAUCCUGCAAGACGUCUCGAAGCGCCGUAGCGGGAGACCGGUCAAGGCGCAUAAUCUCUUGGUAAUCCACGCACAAAAGCCACGUACGCAAACUUCUGCGUCCCAAGCCGCACGAGCAGGCUCCAAGUAGCAAACUCACUUCGACAAUUGGAUCUCUCAGCUGGGUAAUUCAACCUCUCAGCGGGGUAUCGCACAAAAUAAAUCUCCAUUGUUGUGCACGCUAAAGGUACUCACAAAAAUGAAAAAAGUACGAAAUUAG